AAAUCAUUGCAGAAAACGCGUGUUUGAGACGUCAGCGGUUUAAAGUCAGUGAGCUCCGUGUGUGUGUGUGUUUGUGUUUGAAUCUGUGUAGCAACCAGUAAACAGCGCCGACCCGACCCGCUGCUGCAGCUCCAACAGCACCGACAUGGACCGGUACGCCCCUAAAUUUAGCAAAGUUCUGGUCACAGCUGAUCCACACUACAUCCCGGGGUACUCAGGUUACUGUCCACAGCUCAAGUACACUGUGGGGAAGUCUUACGGCCACCUCACAGCCGAGCUGCUGACCAGUCCUGAUGUGAACCGCUCCAGUCGUCCGGUCCUCCACUCGGGUCUUGCCCCCCUCGCAGGGUCCAGCAGUGCUCUCUCUGACAGUAACUUGAAGAAGGCGAUACCAGGAUACACAGGCUUCAUUCCAAGACGUCAGAACUACUUUGCCUGCAGCUACUCUGAAGCGUGUCGUAAAGCGCUCUCUGAGUUUUACCAGGGGGGCCAGCGGCAGUCGUCAGACCUGCCAGCUGUUGCCAACAAUAGCCGCCAACAGUUUGAGAGGCCGAAACCCCCUUUGAUAGCAAUCUCCAACCAAGUGAUCGACUACAAGCCCUUAAAGUCCUUCACCCCGGCUGGAAAACCAUACUCCAUGGAUGAUGAUGACCCGUGCAAGUGCUUCAUCUCAGGUUUCACAGGACAUGUGCCAAAAUCUCGCUUCCUGUUUGGCAAAGGUUACCCCAUGAUCACCAACCAGGCACUGAUCCAGUUUGGGAAGCAGCAGCAGGCUGACCCCACCGCCCAAGACUUCGCAGGGAGGAGGAGCAGCAGCAGCACGAUAACUCCCUUGCCCGAGAUCUGUCCAUCCAACAGGGGUGUGGUGCCAUCAUUCACAGGACACAUCCCAGGAUACAAGUUCAUGUACGGACAAACCUUUGGUCAGCUGUCCAAGAAUGCACUGGAAAAGAGCGGCAUCAGGUGGAAGUCAUAAUACCAUCAAUAAAAUGAUGAUCACUGGCAUGAUGAA